UACCUUCACACUUGCAAACAUCUUGCUGGCAUUAAUCACGCGAAACCUGGAAAUUUUAUUAACUUGUGCAUUGUAAAAUUGCUCGGAAAUAUCAAGAAGAGGCACAUACCACAUGUUGCCUCGAAAUCGCGUAUUCGAGAUGCCAAAGGCAUAUGCGGGCUAGGAGAGUAACCAUAACUAUGUUGCUGUGCUCGAACAUAGCUGCGAUGACAUUCGUAUCGUCCAUUCAUGCGAGUCAGAUCUGUGUCAAUAGAUACAUGAAUAGUGCCUGUAGCUGCGAACAAGACAUGGCAUAUCUGCAACAACUUCUCCAUAGGAUCCCAGAUCGACGGCUUAUCACAGGCAAUAUUGACGUUGUUCACCGACCGGCGAAGGCGUUGAACCAGGUCCUGGUCUGGGCGAUACUAUCGUGCUUUCUUGGAAGCUGCGGGGGAAGCGCGACGUGCUCGAACGUCAAGGCAAAGCAAGGUGUUGGUCUCGGCCCACGUUUCAAGCAAGUCCUAUAACGAAAAGUUAGUCGAGUCGUGGUGCAAACUUGAUUCAGCAGUGAUUUGAUCCCAAACGAAGCCACCUUGGCUGGCCUCGUCAAAACGGGGCAGCUGGGUCUGGAGAGGAUGGGCGGAUACCAGG